CGGAGAGCCUCAGAGAGCGCGAGAGAGCGGAGGAGUUUAAUGACACUCCACCGGUACAGACAGGGACCCGUUAAUCCCCCUGUACACACGUACACACAGUUUACACACACACACAGACGCACACACACACACACACACACUUACACGCGCGCGCGCGCGGUAUGAAGCGUACCGGAGUUUAAACCGCGCUUGGGACUGGACAGAGCCCUGUGUGUGGAUUUAAUAAACCGGGAUUUAUCUGUUGGGAUUUUUCUCUAGCGUGUGAACACCUGUACUUUUCCAUUAAUGAGGCAGCCUCCGGCAGAUGUGGACGGUAUGGCGCUGAGGCGCGCGCUCCUGCCCUCCAUCUCCACUUUCACCACCGGAGCCGCUGAGCCGAGAUGGAAGGACGAAAUGUCUCAUCUGAAGCACUUUGACAACAUCAUGACUAGAAAAGAACCAGAAGAAUUUGAGCUGCUCGACUACGACUUCAUCCUCUCUAACAGCAUUAUGCAGCAGCAACAACAGCAACAGCAACAGCAGCAGCAGAGUCGGCAGCCUCCACAGGAAAUGACACCAUCAUCGUAUACGUCCUAUCACAUGCCGUACGUUCCAGACAUCAGUGACGUUUCUCCGAGCGGCGGAUUUGUCGCCGAACUCAUGAGACCUGAUCUGGACCCUGCCUACCUUCAGCCACCUACCGCCGAGGUCGGCACUCCGGCAAAUGCUAACACUAACACCAACAUUAACCUCCACGGGAAAUUUCUGGUUAAAACGACCAACGUUCAAACCGGCAUGUCGGCGUACGUCGAGGGUGAGAACAUGGCCGCAUCAGAACCGCCGCCUUUGUUUAUGUGCCGCAGAAUUAAACAGGAAGCCCAGGCCUCUACUUCCUCUUCCUCCCUCUCACCAGAAGAGCAUCACACACCUGCCCAGGUGUUGGCUCAUCCCUCAAUCUCUGUACCGCAGGGAUUUCAUCCAUCUCACAGUUAUUCCCAGUUUGCCGCAGCGUCAGUGCAGUACACAGAAAUGGCUCCUCCUGCAGCAGAGGAGCCCAAACCCAAACGUGGACGACGUUCAUGGCCAAGGAAGAGAAUGGCCACACACACGUGUGAUUACGUCGGCUGUGGGAAAACCUACACCAAGAGCUCGCACCUUAAAGCACAUCAAAGAACACACACAGGGGAGAAGCCAUAUCACUGUGACUGGGAAGGCUGUGGAUGGAAAUUUGCCCGUUCUGAUGAACUGACCCGUCAUUACCGCAAACACACGGGUCACCGGCCGUUUCAGUGCCAGAAGUGCGACCGUGCUUUUUCCCGCUCUGAUCAUCUGGCACUGCACAUGAAACGACAUCUAUAACCUUUAAUCCUGAACCAUGCGCGUCAACGCACGGGAUGUCCAUCAAAUCUCCACGAGUUGCCUUUUUGAAAGAAAAGACAACGAAAGAAAAAGACCCGAGACACGCUGUGACGUUCACGGCUAAACAAAGUUCACUAUUAUCUCUUACAUUUUUCCUUUAUAUAGAAACGUCGAUGGCUCAUGAACCGGACGACUCAACAGACUGUACUGACCAUUUUAUUUAUUAGACUUUAUUAUAAUUGUACAUCAUCAUUACUGCCAUUUCAUGUCUUCACUACACCUGGCUGUUUACAUCUCAGAGCAAACAUCCCCAUAAUUACUACAAUAUGAUCAACAUCCAGCAACACCAGCUUAACACUAACUCUAAUAUAACCCUUCCUGUAGUGCACACUACGUCGAGAUGUUCCGUCUCGAGUUUCACCUCAGUCUGAUGGAGACAACUGCAGAACCUCGGGGUCUGUACAUCCUAGAACCACACGGAUCAGAACGAACAUUUCUCUAUAUUAAUAUGCAGAGAGUAUACACAUGAAUGCUCUGGGUAAUCGCCACCGUAGGGAAUAGGACGUGGCGAGUUUGGUGGUAUUUGGAACACAGCCCAGUAACCGGAAACACACAGGAUAAAGAAAGUCUUCCAAUACAUCAGUGACUCAGAAAACACUGAUCUGUUUUUUUUUUUUUUUUUAAAAA